GGAAACAUGGGAAUUCAUCAAGAACAAAAUGUGAACAAUUUCAUUACAAAAUUUCCUGGUUCAAAUGAAUCUGGCUUCCGUGCCUUCUAUGACAGCUGUACUCUGCACAUUCUUUCUCGAAUAGUUAUAUGCUCUUGCACGUUCUUUAUUCUUCCUGAAUUGGUAUGUCAACCAACUUAAUACAAUUCAGUUCCAGGUCACAGCCAGCCUGUGCCGCAAUUUGACCCUUGGUAAUUCCGCCGACGGAUGGGACGCUGGUUAACCAUCUGCAGACUUAUGAAAGUGGUCAAAUAGUGAGCUACUUGAGUGAGGUAUUCUGGUGCUCGGCGUUUACCCAUCUAUCCAUCGACUUUUAAUCUGCAUUGAAUGGAAUACGUGACUAUGAUGGCUACAGUUGGAGAGGAUUUCGACAUUGCGCAUUAAGAAGGGAGGACUGCUCACGUGUCUCAGAAGCUUCAACGAUGGUUUAAUAUUGUCGUUAACUAUAUGGAAAGUUUGUUACGCGUGAUGAUACAGAAUGGUUGAUAGUGUGUUAGCUGUUUAAUUUAAAUUGUUUUAUGGGGAUGCACAUAAACGAUGACGGUGUUAGUAACUGUUUAUUUACACCUCUUGGCCUCGACUUUUCUUCAUUGAGAGAAUCGGUCGAUCGGUUCCACUUAUGAACACCCCAAAAAUAGAAAGGUAGCUGUAGGAGAUUUGGUCGUGACAUGUGUAAAGCUUGCUCCAUUAUUACGCGACUUGGACAUGUCCGAGAUGGCUCAUUUGCUCACCGCGGAUUCACAAUCCACACGACAGUGUAAGCAACUGUCAGUUUGGACGUUAGUGACAUUCUUUCUUGUGAAUCAUUUAAGUGCCAUAUUCACAAAGCCGACGGAUGGCCUUGAGUUGACAGCUUUCGAGAAGGGGUUGAGGGCUUUAGUUCAGGGACAAUUGAAGCCGUGCCUCACAAUUGAAGUUGAGGGAUUACGAGCCGGAUGCUCUCUCAUGGCGGCCCUGGAGGCAGAGACUGCGGCCGUGAAGGACUUAGCAGCGAGACGGAAAAGUGACAAUAGCAGGUUCUCUAUUUCACCAGACGCUUGCGCUUACCGAUUGCAGGGAGGUCCUUCGCUGCACAAAUUUGCUGCGACAAUGCAUCCGUAUUUAAAGCAUGUCCUGAAGAGAUAUGCCACAUUUCACAGACAUUGUACGGAAUACGACAACUUGAGGGACGUAUAUGACAGCAAGAAGAACCCUCAAUGCCGGUAUGUUAUGUGGAGUUGCACGUUCGGGCUCGGAAACAAGCUCAUGUCGCUGCUAUCUACGUUACUCUAUGCUAUCAUUUCCCAGCGCGUGUUGCUAAUCGAAAGUCCAGGCUGGGAGAGUUUGUUCUGUGAACCAUUUCCUGGCUCAAAAUUGCAAGUUCCAGAAGGCUUUUCUCUUGUCGAGAUGUACACAUCUCUCUCUUUCGCAGACUUUCGGAAGCUAAACUGUGGGGAAUCAACGACAAAAGAACCGCGAUGUAUCAGGAGUGUGGUAGUGGUUGUCUUCACAGGAGAAAGCAAACGUCAAGAUCACAGCUUUCUCGUCUGCCCAACUGCUAUGGCAGCAGUUCGAGAAAUUCCCUUUCUCCACUUCCGGAACAGCAAUCAACACUUCGCGAUGGGAUUCUUCCUCAAUCCCGCCCUUCGCCCGCUCCUUGAGCUCUUGUUCCCAGAACAUAACGUCUUCCACAUGCUAGCACAAUUCUUUUUAAGUCCCAGCGAUGCCGUCUGGGUGCAAAUAAAAAGCUUCUACGAACGAAACUUGCAACCCGCGUCCCGCAACGUCGGUGUCCAGCUCCGAGAAUCUAAAGGCGAAUACCGGCAACACUACGACGAUGUGGUUCCUCUGUGUAUACUGAAUAAAGCAGCCUUAUGUCCUAUCGAGCUAGAAGCGCAGCUUGAGAGGGAGAAGCGAGUCGCACAAUCACCAUCAUCCUCUGAGAGCAACAUCUCCCGACCCCUCGUCUCAGUGUACAUUUCCUCCUUGGUUGGCGGCCAUUACAAGAGCUUGAAGCAGAGUGUCCCGAAACUGGAGCCCAAGAUGCUGCAGCGUUUCGUAGUCGUAGCUCAGGUAAUAAGCACAGACUCGCACUUCAAGACCUCAUUCAGUAAGUUCGCGCUCUUAAGGUGCACCUAAACGUAAGCUUGCAUGACUUUCGAUUUUUUGGCUCGUCACUUAAACCUUCCAUAGUCCGCUAAGGAUACUGUAAUCCUUCGAAAUAACAAUUUCAGCUCAAAAUUUGUCACCGUUGAGAAGAUUACGGCAG